AGACCAUGUGUAAUCCCGAAACGUGUGUGCCUGGAACGAACUCAUAAUGUUGUUUUAGUGUUUAACAAAGCGGGGCUUUUCUCGGGCCCCUUUCGCUUGUGAUUUGUUGAAUCUCGCGUGAACAUCCGUACUCCCGUGAUGGCCGCUACAGAUCUUCACUUGGUCCAGAAUUAUUCCCUCAGUCAAAGCGAUGGCGGGAACCGUCGAAGCGAUGUCGAGUUGGACGGUGCCAUCGAUGCCAGAGCCCACAUGCCACUCGCAUUGCUUCAACAUUGCCCGUCGAACGUACAUGAAGACCAGAUGCGGAUGGACGUCGUGGAUUACUCAUCGAACGCGCAGCAAGUGGACGACGACUGCGGCGGUGGUGGCGGCGGUGGCGAUGAAGACUCUCCGGCGCAGCUCUGCCACGAUCCGCCUUCCAUAGCAUCUUCCUCGUCCUCUGGCCACAUGCAUAUGCCCAUGUCGAUCAAAGUCGAACGCGACGGCAGCCCUAAUCCCGAAGUACGGUAG